AUGUGGCCUGAAACAGUUACAGAUAGACAGCGGGGCAGACGACCGUCGCGGGCGUACAUGGCUCCGCCUCACAGCCUCCCCCUGCACUCCUCACGCGGCUUCUCCAUCUUUGCAGCCACCGGCCUCUCCGCGGCGUUAUCCGCCGCGUGCUGCGUGCUGCUUCUCGCCUCCGCCGCCUCCGCCGCCAACCCCGCGUCGUCCCUACUACCGUCCGCCCGGCACGCCCUUUCAUCUUUUCACCAGCCGGACUCACGCGACGAUGAGUCACCAUCGUCAAAUCACGGCUCGACCGACUUCCCUAGUACCGCCUGGUCGCUGCUACACCCGUUUCUCGACCUUGACAAUUCAGACGCUCUUGGCGGCGACUCGUCACGAGCAGAACAGUCGCACGCGACGCGCUCCCCGUCGCAUCGCCUGCUCGUCGCACAGCAGCAACCCAGCAUCGCCGCCGCGGGCGUCGCGACGGUUGCUCGCGUCAACCCGCCUCCGCCGCCGCCUCCGCCGCCGCCUCCGCCGCCGCUGCCAGCGCCGCCGCUGCGCGAGGUGGAGCUCGACCCGUGCGCGCUGCAGGCGCUCCUUCCGCAGCUCUUUCCGCCCGCCCUCCUCGACCCCGCCUGCUUCAACCACCUCUCGCUGCACUCCGCGCAGCCCUCCCCCCCGCUCGACUCCCCCCCGCACGCCGGCGCAUCCACUCCGUUCAGCAACAGCGGCAGCGGCAGUGGCGGGGGGGACGAGCCUGAGACGGCGACGCGGGGCGAUCUGCUGGACGUGGCGCGCAACAAGUGGCGCGCCAGCACCGUGUGGGCGCCGCUGGAGGCAGAGAGCAGCGCGGGAGGCUCGGGGGGAACGGGGGGAGCGGUGGUAGCGGGGGGAGCGGGGGUGAUGGGGGGAACGGGGGGCGCGGGGGUGAUGGGAGGAACGGGGGUCCCGGGAGGAGCGGAGCCGGCGGCGGCGGCGGCGGCGUCGACUCUCAUCCCCCCGAAUGAAGUCAUCACUGUGUGCCGCUCCGCUGGCCCAGCCACCACCACCAUCAGUCCGGACGUCAUUUUACCCGUGCCCCCCCCCACCCCACCCCCCCCUUCCCCCCCCGUUUUUCCCCUUUCCCCUCUCUCCCCCUCCUCCCCCUCCCCGUCUUCCAGGCACAGCCACCAUCACCAUCAGUCCGGAUCUCAGUGGGCAGACCUGGAGAGGCUGGGGCACGUCGUUGGCGUGGACUGCCAACUACAUUGGCAAGCUACCAGACGACCACCUCACCACGCUCCCCGACCUGCUCUUCUCGCCCUUUCCCCUGCCCCUUCCCCCUUCGCCCUUCCCCCUUUCCUUCCCCUUCCCCCUCCUGCCCUCCUCCUGCCCUCCUCCUGCCCUCCUCCUGCCCUCCCCCUGCCCCCCCCCUGCCCCUCCCCAUCCACCAGGACUGCCAACUACAUUGGCAAGCUGCCAGACGAUCAGCUCACCACGCUGCUGGACCUGCUCUUCUCACCGUCCACGGGAAUCGGGUUCAACCUCGCGCGCUACCUGCUGGGCGCCAGCUUCAACGCCACCAACAGCCCGCAGCUCACCAAAGACACCUUUCACCAGGUCAACCUCCCCGGCUACAAGCCGACAGAGGCCGGCCCGUACGACUGGGCGGCGGACUGGCGGCAGCGGAAGGUGUUAAAAGGAGCGGUGGAGCGAGGCGUAGAUGAGGUAGAGGCAAUUGCGUACUCUCCGCCCUGGUGGAUGACCAUCAGUGGGGAUACCGCGGGGAAUGUGGGCGGCAAAUCGAACCUCCGGCCCGAUAUGUACGGCGCGUUUGCCGAGUAUUUGGCGACCAUCAUGGAACAUUUCCGGCGGGAGUGGAACGUGACGUUCAGCACGAUGAAUCCGGCGAAUGAGCCGCUGGAGGGGUGGUGGACGCAGGGGGGAAAGCACGAGGGUUGCAGCUUCACAGCUGCUGAGCUGGAGCGGCUUUGCAAGGUCGUAGCGGCUGCGCUGAAGCGAAGGAAGCUUCCCACGCAAGUCGCGGGGUUCGACAGCUUUGUUGGGUUUACGUGA